AUGGCUGGUAGUGGUGGUAGUGGUGGUGGUCAUAGUGGUGGUGGUAGUGGUGGUGGUCAUAGUGGUGGUGGUAGUAGUAGUGGUGGUAGUAGUAUUGGUGGUGAUGGUAGUAGUGGUGGUGGUGAUGGUAAUAGUGGUGGUGGUGAUGGUAGUAGUGGUGGUGGUAGUAGUGGUAGUAGUGGUGAUGGUAGUAGUGGUGGUGGUGGUGAUGGUAGUAGUGGUGGUGGUAGUAGUGGUAGUAGUGGUGAUGGUAGUAGUGGUAGUAGUGGUGAUGGUAGUAGUGGUGGUGGUGGUGGUGGUGGUGGUGAUGGUAAUAGUGGUGGUGGUGGUGGUAGUAGUGGUGGUGGUAGUGGUAGUAGUGGUGGUGGUGGUAGUAAAGCUAUUCCACCACGAGCAAACAAUGAUUAUUAUGUAGCAAAAUUAAACCCCGAGAACUGA